UGCUUUCUAUGACGCUGUUUCUACUUUAUUAAGAUACCAAGUUGAAAAGCGCUCUAUUAUGGAUAAUUUGGAUUUAGUCAUUCUUUGUCUUGAUGAAACAGUUGAUGGAGGAGACAGACUCAAAUGCUAUUGUCAGCCGAGUAUCUAAACCUCGUAUGGACAUGGUCGAUAUUCCAUUUGCUGAGCAAACCUUGAUGCAGGCUUAUCAAACAGCAAAGGAUAGAUUUGCUAAUCAAUUAUUAAGAUAAUUCUCUUUUUUUAUUUUUACUCCUUUGACUUCCUUUUUC